AGUUCUAUCAUUAGUUCAAAGUUGGUUUUUGCUAAGAGGAUAAGCAUUCCCUUGAAUUCGGACUUCUAAUCUUUUAUUGAAUAAAUUUCACUUCAAUUGUAAGAAUACAGAAAGAGUUGAAAGUAAUGACAACUUUCCAGGCUCUUGAAGAGAAAGGAAAGUCCAAAAUGGGGAAGUACAAAGAUCUGGGGAAAAUUCAGAAAAUGAAAACUCUUGUGCUCAAUAUUUAAGAGGCACACAGACAGAAGAUGCUCAGAGAAGCUAGACCAAAGCUCACAAUCUCCCAUCUCAACCAGAAGAGCGUCUUCUUGGAUCUUACCAAUGGCUUUUUCAGUCUCUUCACUGAUGGCAUUGGUGAUGAUCUUCUCCAGCCCCAUCUCCUCCACUAGCUGCUACCUGCCUCAGAGCCUUGACUUAAGAAAGCAGGAGACCUUCACAGCUCUGGACCAAAUGAAGACAAUCUCUCUUCUUUCCUGUCUGAAGUACAGGAGCGACUUCAAAUUCCCCCAGGAGAAGCUGGAUGGCAGCCAGUUCCAGAAGGCCCAGGCCAUCUCUGUCCUCCACGAGAUGCUCCAGCAGAUCUUCGACCUCUUCCACACAGAGCGCUCCUCUGCUGCCUGGAACACGACCCUCCUGGACAACCUCUGCACUGGACUCCAUCGGCAGCUGGAAGACCUGGACACCUGUUUGGAGCAGGAGACGGGAGAGGAAGGAUCUACCCUGGGAACUGUGGGCCCUACACUGGCCCUGAAGAGGUACUUCCGGGGACUCCAUCUCUACCUGAAAGAGAAGAAAUACAGUGACUGUGCCUGGGAGAUGGUCAGAGUGGAAAUCAGGAGGCACUUUCUCUUCAUCAACGAGCUCAUAAGAAAACUCAGGAAGUGA